AUGCCAUCGACGAAAACGGAGAAGGAGAAGAAGCCGGUCACAAUAGAAGAGGCUGUUGGAGGAUCGUUCUUGCCUCAAUUGAAUGGUGUGAUCUGGAGCGCAGAGGACCCCGAUGAAGGCGUCUUCGUCUACAGGGAGCCCUUCUCGGGCAAUUUAGUCGUUGAAGACGUAACGCACCGCAAGAAAGAGAUCACAGGGCAAGGCGAAGUAGCAAAAGGAGGUGGAAAAGUCACCUUCGUUAAAGGAGCGGAUGUGAAAGAUGAAAAUGGAAAACAAAUCAAUUUCCAUAAUUUCAAAAUCAGCCCGGAUAUGCGAUUUGUUCUCUUUUUCAGUGACAAGAAGCAACAAUGGCGUCAUUCUACUUUCAGUAAGGUAUGGUUACACGAUGUCAGUACGCACUCUACCCAGCAGCUUGGGAAAAAUAUCACAGAGCCAACAAUUGCAACUGCAGAAUGGUCAAAGAGAUCAUACGUCUCCUUCGUUGAGAAUAACGAUCUUUUCCUCAUCAAAGACGUGCACAACGUCAAAAAUCAAAUCAGCAUCACAAACGAUGGAAAUAAGAACAUUUUUAAUGCAGUUCCAGAUUGGGUGUAUGAAGAAGAAGUCUUUUCCGGCGACACAGCACAUUGGUGGUCACCCGAUGGAAACAGGUUGGUCUUCUUGCGCUUCGAUGAAGCUGCUGUGAUGACGUAUUCGUUUCCGAUUUACAACCCAACUGAAAAGAAUGGAAAAGCACUCCUUUAUCCUGAUACGGUUGAUAUGAAAUAUCCAAAACCUGGAACGCCCAAUCCAAAAGUUAGUGUUCAUGUGUACGAUGCGGUGACUGGUCUUAAAUCUUCGCUCAAAGCACCAAGUAAAAGAGCGUCAGCUGAAGCGGAUGGAAGUGAUGCGGUCACAAUCGAUGUGGCUAUGGCACAGGCAAGAGAAGAAAAGUUGGUGACAGAAGUGAAAUGGUUGAGCGAUAGCAAGCUGAUUAUACGUGAAACAAACAGAGUCAGCGAUGUGGGCAGACAUGUCGUCUACGAUUCAAAUAAUGCCAAGAAAGAUGCUAGUGGAAGUGCAGGAACGAUUGAAGGAAAAGUGUCGCGGCGUGAAAUGACAAGUAAGACAGGAGGCUGGAUCACAGUGGACCAAGAUAUCCACACUUUACUCGACUCAGGUUCUGGUGGAUCAACGGAAUAUGUUGAUAUUGUCGCUGUACCAAAUGGAUAUAGACACAUUGCCUAUUACCGCAACGCCGAACAGGCUCAACCCAUCUUCCUCACAACAGGAGAAUGGGAAGUCGAGAAGAUCGUGUUUGUACACAACCGACGAGUCUACUUCUCAGCGGCCUAUCCGAGGCCUGCAGUGCGUCAUAUUCUGUAUGUUGACGUGCCAAAGAAUGGCGAAAAGGUCACGCCUGAGGAGCGACCCAAAUCAUUGACGAAUAUCCACGAAACGGCUUGGUAUGAAGUUGAAUUUGAUCCAAAAGGCAAUUAUUAUCAGCUAACAUACAAAGGACCACAUCUUCCAUGGGUAAAAGUCUUUUCUUUACGUGAUCCCAAAUUUGAAUUGGUUUUGCAGGAAAACAAUGGUUUGCAAAAGAUCGUUGCUGAUUAUCAUCAACCUCAAAGAUUGUUCUACAAUAUCACACUAUCCGAUAAAACUAUUGUGUCCGCGCAAGAUUUUAGACCCCACGAUUUUGACGGCAGUGGAGCGAUACGAUAUCCCGUCUUGAUCAAAGUGUACGGAGGACCAAAUUCUCAAAUGGUAGAUGCCAAAUGGAGUAUGGCAGAUUGGGCAACCUAUUUGACGUGCACGCUGGGUUAUAUUGUCAUCGUUCUUGAUGGACGUGGAACUGGUUUACGAGGUCGUGCAUAUCGUGAUGUGGUUUCAUGGGAAUUGGGAGCGUACGAAUCGCACGAUGUUGUACAUGCUGCAGAAGCCAUUCGAAGGCUUCCAUACGUAGCACAAAGCAAAGUGGGUAUUUGGGGAUGGUCAUUUGGCGGAUACCUAACAGCAAAGGCGCUUGAACGUGAUUCUGGCACGUUUGAUCUGGGAAUGUCCGUUGCUCCAGUUGCUCGAUGGGAAUUUUACGAUACAAUCUAUACGGAAAGAUAUAUGAAAACGCCUCAUUUGAACAAAGAAGGAUAUGAGAACAGUUCUGUUCAUAUCAAUAAAGGUUUUCAAAAUUCACAAUUCUUACUCGCUCAAGGAUCGGCUGAUGAUAAUGUACACUUUCAAGGUAGUGCCCAAUUGUUGGACCAAUUAACUGGCCAUCAGAUUCGAGGAUUUUGGUUCAGGAUGUUUCCUGAUUCUGCACAUAGUAUCGAUAAGCGUGGUGCAUAUCUGGAGCUUUAUCAAUUCAUGACGAGGUUCUUGGUUUAUAAUUGGGGCGCAGGCGGAAAGCGUUUGUUCAGGUACAAAGACACAAAGGAGACGAUUGAAUGA